AUGACCCUAACUCUGAGGAGGGUGUACCACAUCGCAGCACUCGGCUGGUAUGCCUUUGUUGUGAAGAGUCUCACGGCUAAGGAUGGAGAGAAGUUACCACCAGGAAUCUUUGUGUAUGGAGGACCUUGGAAGUACCUUACUUUUUUAAAUCUGUUAUUACAAAUGUCAUAUUUUGGACUGGCUGCACUGAAUGAUCUACAAGCUGGGAGGAAGUCAGAGAGCACUCUGAACAGAUGUAAAGACCUUCUCUUCUCUGUCUUUGCUUUCCCUGUGGGCAUGUUUGUCGUUCUACUUUUCUGGACGAUCUUUGCCUAUGACAGAGAAUUAGUCUACCCAGCUUCUAUUGACACCUUCUUCCCCCCCUGGAUAAACCAUGCUAUGCACACAUUUGUCCUUCCUGUUUUACUUGGAGAACUGCUUGUUCAGCCUCACAUCUACCCACGGACCAAACAUGCACUUGGAGCAUUAGGAGGUGUGGGCGUGGCUUACUUAUGUUGGAUUAUAUGGGUGUACCUGUCAAUUGGGAUUUGGGUGUAUCCCCUUCUUGCGCACUUCAGCACUGUCGGUCUGGUGGGCUUCUUCUUUUUUAACAUGUCGGUGGUGGCUUUUCUCUAUGUGCUAGGAGACAAGCUCAACAGCCAUAUCUGGAGUAAAGACAUGACCGGUAGUGGACAGUAAUUAAGUACAUUUACUCAAGUACUGUACUUAAGUACAAUUUUGAGGAAAUCAGGGAACACGCAAGUCUCUGAAGCCUUUAAGAUGAUGGAGAUAGUUUGGAUCUGCAUCCACCAAUCCAACUGAAAGGAUCCUGGCCAAUAAAUGCAAAUCUUCUUCAGUCAGAUCCUUCUGUCAAAGAGAUGAAUGUUAAAUAUUUCAUCUGAAUCAUCAUAAAUAAUUACAGCAUUUAACUUUGGAUAGUUACGUACUUUCUUGUUGUUGGCAAGUGAUUCAGUGAGUUGUAUUUUUUGAGGUUUAAUUCCCUGUAAAAAUAAAAUAAAAUAAUUAUUCCAGAGAAUCAUACCUUAUUUCCUACUUCCUUGCACUGGUCACUUCCUCUAACAGCUGAGGUGCAGUUGUU